AUGGCUUUCUUCAACCUGUAUCUGCUAGGAUAUCAACAUCCCUUUCGGUGUAAAAAAAGAAUCACAACUGAAGAAGCAGACCAGAAGGAUGCCGUGUCCACUCAGCUCCCCGCAAUUACUCCUGAAAACAGUAAUUAUUCCAUACAUCGGAACAGCCACGAGAGGUAUCAUGAUGCUGUGAGGAAGGUAUUGCUGAAAACAUUCCCUAAUCAGGUCUUCAGAGUCCCUGUGACUGACGCUCAGAACUUCAGCUUCUGGCGGUCCAACAACCCAGGCGAGCGUCCAGAGAAAACCAUCACAUGGAUCCAGGGUCCACGCCACUGUCUCAUCAAAAGCCCAGCGACUAGAUUCGUGGAUCACUCUAUUCUCAACGACAGAAUCUUCAGUCUAUACUGA